UACCGUGCGUUUCCCCUCUUUUUGCAGCGGCUGAGCUCAGCUGACUCCCCAGCUGCUCCGCGGGACUCCGGAGUCAGGAUCUGUCAUCACGGCGGACGCGGGGAUCCCCCACAAGGAGCACAGAGCGCAGGAGUAGGCUGACCGCGCGUCCGCGUCUCCAUCCUCCGCAGGCGACGGGCUGGAGCAGCCCGCGGAAGGAUGCAGCGAUGCUGUGCACUAGGAGAACUAAAACUUUGGUGUCGACGUGCGUGAUCUUGAGCGGCAUGACCAACAUCUUAUGUCUCCUUUACGUCGGCUGGAUCACCAACUAUGUGGCCAACAGUCCGAAAGUGGCGGAGAGCGGCGGCGGGGAAAAGGCGGGCCGAAAGUUGGAGGAGGACAGCAAAGGAGAGACCCUGAGGAUUAUCCAGAGGCUGGACCGGCUGGAGAGCGUCGUGAACGAACACAUCAAAGACACCCCACAGAAGGACGGUGAAGAUGCUUUGUCCUCACCCGACUCCACCUCUGAUCGCCCUUCCUCGCUGUUCAACCACUGGGGUCGAGACUUGGGUCCAGAGAGUCGAAGGGCAGCCCUUAAGAAGUUCCGUUACUAUGGAUACAACAGCUACCUGAGCGACCGCAUCUCCCUCACCCGGCCGAUUCCAGACCUGCGUCCGGACGGGUGCAGAAACAUGUCGUUUUCAUCAGACCUUCCUCAGCUCAGCGUCAUUUUCAUCUUCGUUAAUGAGGCCCUGUCGGUGCUGCUGCGCUCCGUCCACACGGUCAUCCAGAGGACUCCGGCAUCUCUGCUCCAGGAGAUCAUACUGGUGGAUGACCACAGCAGCAGCUCGGAGCUGAAGGAGCACCUGCAGACCUUUGUGGACGAAAUGAACAGCCAGCAUGGCCCCUCCUUCAUCAAAGUGGUCCGCCACAACAAGCAGGAAGGCCUGAUCCGGUCCAGAGUCAGCGGCUGGAGGGCAGCCUCCGCCCCUGUAGUCGCUCUGUUCGACGCACACGUGGAGUUCAACACUGGAUGGGCAGAACCCAUUCUGCAACGAAUAAAAGAGGACCGGACUCGAGUUGUGUCACCUUCUUUCGACAACAUCAAGUACGACACCUUUGAGAUCGAAGAAUACCCCCUCUCUGCUCAGGGCUUCGACUGGGAACUGUGGUGUCGUUACCUGAACCCACCAAAGUCCUGGUGGACCCAACGAAACCACACAGCCCCCAUCAGGAGCCCGGCUCUGAUCGGCUGCUUUGUGGUUGACAGGAAAUACUUUGAGGAGAUCGGCCUACUCGAUGAGGGAAUGGAAAUUUACGGCGGAGAAAAUGUGGAGCUGGGCAUCAGGGUGUGGCAGUGUGGGGGCAGCGUGGAGGUCUUGCCUUGCUCCAGGAUCGCCCACAUCGAGCGUGCCCACAAACCCUACACAGAGAACCUGACGGCUUACGUGCGCCGGAACGCCCUAAGGGUGGCGGAGGUCUGGAUGGACCAGUACAGGAGCCAUGUCUACAUGGCCUGGAACGUUCCUCUUCAGGACUCAGGAAUCAACAUCGGAGACAUUUCUCAGAGAAAAGCCCUGCGGUCCAGACUCAGAUGUCGACCGUUUAGCUGGUUCCUCGCCAACAUCUACCCAGAGCUGCGCUCCUACAGUGACACAGUCGCUUAUGGCGUGUUGAAGAACAGCCUGCGCAGUGACCUGUGUCUGGACCAAGGACCCGACACGGACAACAUUCCCAUCAUGUACCUCUGUCAUGGAAUGACACCUCAGCAGAACGUGUACUACACCAGCUCCCAGCAGCUUCAUCUGGGUGUGUUGAGUCCAACCAUCGACGAUGACGACAACAAGUGUCUGGUAGAUGUGAACAGCAGACCCAGGCUCCUGGAGUGCAGCUAUGCAGCUACCAAGCACAUGAAGCUCACCUGGACAUUCACCCAGGGCGGCUCCAUCCAGAACAUCGAGUCUCAGCGCUGUUUGGAGAUGGUCCAGAGCAGACAGUCAGAGUUCACCUUCCAGCUGGCCAUUCAGGACUGCACUGGUCAGAGAUGGACCAUCACAAACAUCCUGACUGUCCUGCCACAGUGAACUUUCUCAAGAAACGGAAAAGGAGAUGUCGAUGACGAUGGACCUAUUCUUAGCUCAAAUCUGCCUGUAAAAUGGGAGCUUCAGACCCACCAUCAGUGAGUUAAUGAGCAUUUUAUGCCACUGACCUAAGAGAGGAGCCGCAGAUGGAGCCGACACUCCUAAAUUUCCUCAGCUGCAAUCAAAAUGAGGAAUGUGACGAGCUCCUGUGAAAUCACAGGAGCAGGCUGCUUCCUGCAGAACGCACCUCUGAUGGAUCCUGCCGUUUCCGUCAGGUUCUGAGCUCCUGCAGUCUCAUCCAUAAUCACCAUCAUAAACUCAGCAUGCAUGGUGAUUCAGAUGCCAGGCAAACGGCUGAGCUCAUUACACAAAUCCAAUGAUGAAGGCAGGUUAUGUCUCGGGCCAAGGAGCUGCCCGCUUCCACAGCGUUACACAGAGGAGACAGACAGACAGGCUUGAUUUAAAGAGACACCGUCAGAAACUUUGUGCUUCACAAGCUCCAGCUGGUGCUUUUGAAUAAACUGCAUCUGAAAGAAAGGCGGCCAGACCAGCAGGCGCCAAACGUGCACGUGGAGACGGAGCGGAUGAUCCAUCCAGCAAAGCAGAUUUUAAAACCCCCGUUAUCUGCUCUGACACCUGGGUAAUGCUGUUAAGAGGAUGAAGAACACCUAAUUUCACUGAAAGAGCAACAGCUUGCAAAAACCUGCAGCCACAGCCAGCUUUGAGUUUGGCCGGGGGCUGAUGACAGGAGUUCCCCACAGGAACCAGGCUGCUAAAUGUUCUGGACCUUUAAAGACAUCACUACACAGGCAGACCAGGAGCUCAAACUUCCAGAAAUAGUACCUGCCUUCAAUCUGAGACAUGCUGUUCAUAUAUGUUCAUGAACACCCUGAAGAAGGCAGUGGAUUCUGCUCAGUUCAUGUUUAAGUUUAAGCUGCUCUGAAUGUCACAGUUUUACGGAGCCUGGGAUCUGACAUGGGUAAAAUAAAGAAAGAAAGCGUUCCCACAGAAUAAUAUUUCGUUCCCAUGGAAUAAGUAAUGCGUGGGAACGGAAUAAUACUCUGAUAGUCAUCAAACCCUUAACCCUUGUGCUACCUUAGAUGACCCCACCCUUCCAUUGGUGUGUUCUCCUACCAUGACAAAGGUGGAUAAAGGUGGAAAGAUUUCAUGUAAUCCAUGGACACCAGUGAAGAUCACAAAUCAUUGAAGAAAAAAGGUUCAGAGCACUGUCUGGUGGGUCUAGAUGACCCAACUCCCAAAGUUAAAGUGCCUAGAAUAGCACAAGGGUCACAAUCAGCAUCAACGCUGCAAUGAAAAUCUGCCAAUGGGGUAAGAAUUCAUGGCGGAUUUCUUAGAGGCCUGUUUUUGCAGUCAAGCCUCUGAGCUGCAGCUGUUGGCAACAGAGUUCAAAUGAAAGAGAAACACUGGAAUGUGUGGGAUCUGAACUACCUUUUGCCAUCUGAAGGACUUCCAUUUUGCUCCACGAGCUUCUUCCUCACAGUCCAAACAUUUGCCUGAUGGUUUCCUCUCAACCUGGUCCCAGAAAGGAACAAUAACCAGUUUAGUUUCUGACAGAAAGUGGGAGAAAAGUUUGCAGCCAGAAGCUGAACUGUUACUGUCGCAUUUCAAACGUUAGAACUGAUCUUUCACUUGACAGAAACUCCAGGAUGAUUCAAGGGUCAGGUUCUCUGCGGCAGUGCAGAAAGGGUUCACAACUUUACAGUCCAGCUUUACUCCAGUCCACACUGCUGCUAACGCAGUAAAACUAAAGGAAAAAGGAAACCUGCAAAAACUCAGUGGUACCUGUGUGGUUAACCUCCUAAUUAAAUGAACCUUUAGGUCUUUUGUUCUGUCCUGCUGUGAGAAAAUACACAGGACUGACGCAGAAAUGUUUCCAAUUUAUAGAAAAAAUUGACUUUAUUGGUUAAAUGCUAUAAAACAUUCAACCAAUUGUUUUCCUGUUUCUCUUACUUUAUAGUAUCUUCCGGCAUUUUUGUUUUGCUGCGUAACUCCAUCUAAAAUUGUUCAUCUAUUUUAACCAUUCAACUAUUAAAAUAUUUAGUUCUUGCAGCUUUUUCCAGUUCUGACUUUUGGUCCUUCAAAUCCUUGAACUUUUCAAGAUA